ACCUUCUUUUGACCACCAUCUUCUUUCUUCUCAACAUUUAUCUCAUCAGUUUUUUCACUUUUAUCAUUUUCGACAAGAUCACAAGUCAUUGGGUCUGGGUCAUGGUCUGUCUUGUUUGUAUUUUCAGAUUUUAAUUUUUUGUUCCUUUCAUCUAUAUUUUUACUAUCGUCGUCGACUUCUUCAAUAGCUCUUUUUGCACUCUCCUGUUCUUUGAUUUCUUCGUGAUCAACGUUUUUAUCAUUCUCCAUUUUAAUAAAACAAAAUUAUCGUAUAUUUGCCUCGUAAUUUUAGAAGUUUAUAGGUUAGUUUAAAAUGAUAUAAAAAGCAAAAUGCUCAAAAUUGCCCUCGAAAUACUAAAACAAUAGAUACUCCAAUAUUCAAAGAUUAUUAGCGACAAAAUACUCAACAAAACCGAAUUUUAAAACUAAAAUCAUAUUUUCACAUGUUGGCAACCAUAUUGUUUACGAGCCCGCACAAAAUGAUCUAUGCGGUCGCUCAUUUAAAUAGAAAAAUAAUAUAAACGGAAAUUUUCGAGUGCACGUUUCUCGGAUUUUCAUCGGGUAUUUUCGCUUUUUUCUUGAAUCAGAAUGAUUUUGAACAGCUGCUGUUUGCGGUCUAUCCCGAUAAUCCAAGGACUUUUGCGCAGACAGGUAAUAAUUUUAUUCAUAUAUUUUGUUUUUGUGCAAAAUAAAUACGUUCCAUGUGACGUCAUUUAAUGCAUUCCCAUGUGACCUCAUUUGGCUUUUGCUCUGGCAAAACAAAAGAAUAUUAAUCAGAUUCUCAUGUUGCCCAGGUGCACUAUAGGUACAUGGCUCAUCCCCAGUAGCACUCAUCCCACAUUGAAUGAUGGGAAUGCAUUGAUAGGUCUAGAGCAUUCCCAUGGACCUUUGCAUUCUAUUGUCACAGAAUAAGGCACACAGAAGGGCCACUUAAUAUGUCGGAAGCUUUGAAGUUUCUGUCACCCUGGCCGCCAUCUUCCUAGCCAGUCGAUUACAUUUUCUGGCCAAUAAACGCGCUGUAUUGGCUGAAGGCCCCGCCUUCUGGCCAGUCAACUGCAUAUUUUUGCAUAGAAAAAUGGUGACACUUUGCAAAGCUGAGUGGCCCUUCUGGUACUGAUCUUUAUUCUGUGCUAUUGUUCCAACCCACAAGUGCCGCCUUGUCGAGGGACUGUGGAAGAGAGUCAGCACUAGUAUAGUAAUUGAAUCUGAAGGAGAAGAAUCUGACAUGUCAAGCCUGCCCUUUGUGUUCAAUAACCGCUCUGGCAAAGGCAGUAUUUUGCUAGGAAUUGUCAGAUCCUUCUCGUUUUUGUAACAAUUUUAAUCCCAAGAGUAUCAGAGUAUUCAGAGAGUAGGUUGCAGGGUAGAAAGUUAGUUUUCCUACCUUAUUAAUUACUUUUCUGAUGGCUAUCUUUUAUUUUGUAUUGCUGUCUACUAUAACCUAUAGAAGUGUAUCCAGAGAUCUGUAUGUUUUGGGGUGUGGCUCCCACCAUGGAGUGAACCCUAUUUUCAUUACAAAAACUAAACCUGGUAACUCUAAACUGGGUUAGUUAUACAAGUGUAAAUGUGGCUAACUUGGGUUCGAACCAAGAGUGCACCCUGGUUAGUUUUCAUAAUGUAACAUCCUUACAUAUCUACUAGAUUAGCAGCCGAGGAUAUUCUAGUUGCACGUCAAUUAUUUCAAGAUUAACUGGGAGAACAUUGGUAUGUAUGGUUUGGUUUUAUAAUCAAAGUUUAACAUUUGGCAUCUACAAAAUAACUGUUUGAAGAUCAAUCCCUAUUACUCCUUUUUAACCUGUUUAUGUCCUGUAAUAAUAGUCAAUAGGAAACAGACUUGCUCAGCUUCGCAAAUGGUACACAACAGUCAACACAACAGAUUAUGUUCGAAGUGAAACAGCUAGAAAAAUUAUAGGUUUGUACACUGUUGCUCAUAAUAUAAUCAGAUAACAUACUAAUUGUGCAAAAAUGCUCCUUGAUCAGAUCAUUUUCUUCUUAAACCAUGAGUUCCAUGCAAUUGGCUGCAAAAGUCGAUCAUCAUGACCAAGUUAUGCUCAUGAUACAUGUGAGAUCUAGCUUGCCGUGCACAUACUGCAUGCAAAUUUUAUGUACACUUAUAUAUUCAACACUGUUUUCAUCACUGACCACCAUGACAUGGUCGUGAUCAUCAUGCCAUCAGGUUCCCAAUAGAAGCUGGCACCUGGUAAAUUUCGCCGCCUAAUUGUAGACAAUCACCCGUUGUUUCUCAAAAUUAUAACCCAAAAUAUUUCCUCUUCACCACAGAGAUAUCGGGCGAAAGACUUCUGGAUUUUAAAACACAGAUUUUUCACAAUAUACUUCAUUAUAAAUAUUUACUAGAUAACAUAACACAAUCUUCAAAAAGACAUCUGGGAAUUCCAUUUCAGAUGGUCUGAAUUUUUAAAGUUGGACUACCCAAGUGGACCAACAUAAGCUGCCUACUUCUUUCAAAAAACCUCAGCUACUUUAAGUUUUAUUAGAACACAUGUGCCAUGAAAGUACACUGUGGAUCAGUACAUCAUUAGAAGAUCCUAAUGGACCUCUCUGGGCAUCAAUUCUAUCACAUAACUGAUAUUUUGUCAGAUAUGUGUCAAUAAAAAAACUUGGCAAUUACCCUUCUAAGCCCAUUCACACCCCCACAUUUGAGUGAAAGUGUUGUUAUUUGAAGGUUACUGGCUGCUUGGAUGUAGUGGUAUGGUAUAUGGAGCAGUGGUGUUAGGUGGUGUCACGAGGUUGACAGAGUCUGGUCUCUCAAUGGUUGACUGGCAUCUCAUCAAGGGAAUGAAACCUCCAAGAACACAACAAGAGUGGGAAGACGAGUUCAAGAAAUAUCAAAAUUUUCCCGAGUAUAAAUAGUACGUCAACAGGGCAUUAAGAAAGCUUCGGAUUGAUAGGGAUGCACAGGGAUGCCGGAACGGGGGGGGGGGGGGGGGGGCGGGCGGCAGAUUUUCGUGAAAGGGCACUUUUGAAUUGAUAUAUACGAAGAGAUGUUUGCAAAACAUCGGGAGUUGAACUUCGGGGGUUCUCCACCAGGCGAUUGUGCUAUUCUUGAAGCUCGAUGACUGCUUUUCUUGCGUUUUCUGAAGCAAAUUCGUAAAAGAAUUGCACUAACAUUUCUGACAAUUCGCUAUUUCGCUAAGGCAAUCCUUUAAAUUGAAAGGGCACCUUUGCCCCCCUUGGGUCAAAUAAAAAUAGUAGUUGGUUUCAGGUUUCACAGCCAUGUUUUAUAUCAGGUAGGUAGGUCAGAAAAACAUUUUAUUUAAAAAAAUAUUUUAUCUCAAGUAUACAUGAACGGGAUCACCUGCGAGCUACAUGUGUUUCGCUAGAAACAAACGCAUCAAGGCGUUUUCGUCUUUUUUCAGCCGUAGCUGCCAUGCCAGAAUAAUGUACGUUUUUAAUAUUUUUUUAAUAUUUAACUGUUCUUUGUGUAAAACUAUGAUUAACAUGACUAGAUAAUGAUUAAAUUAUAAGCAAACAAAAUAAUUUUUAGACAAGUGAGCCUGAUGACUCUACUGGGAAAUGUGAAUAAAAUGUUUAUGACGUUUAUGGUCGGUCAUAUUUUUGACAGCUCGGUCGGAAACCUGAAACCAACUAUUAUUUUUAUUUGGCCUUGCCCCUCCUGGUAAAGGGCAACGGGGCGGCUGCCCCUCCUGCCCCCCCCCCAGUUCCGGCAUCCCUGGAGAUGCAACUACCUGAGAAAAUACAAGGAGAACUUCGACAUUUCGAGCGAAGUCCCUUCGUUGGGAAUUUAGUGAACUUUUCAGACUAUAACUAUCCGACGAACAGCCUUCUCCUUGAAGCUUUCAAGAUUAUUGGUACUACCUACACUGGUACAGACCAUCCAAUAGGGGAUUAUUGAAAUUAGAAUGUUUGAAGUCCAUGACGAUCGUUUGUUUUCUUGGCAUUCAUAAGUGGCAACUCGAUCCUUUCUUCCAAAAUAAAUUGCAUGCAUCUUUUUUAUUAUCCGCUUCGAUAUACGCCAAAUCGCGCGCAUCACCUUCGCCUGGGGGCUACUCUACACGUUGUUUGGGGGAUGGUCGGAAAUUGCAAAACUACCGACACGCAAAAAUCUCACAUCUUGUAACAAGUUUGUCAACAAGCCGUCAACAAGUUGUCUUCGCACUGCUUGUCAAAAGUUGUCAACAAGUUUCGAACAAGCUGUUAACCACUUGUAACAACCUUGUUGAUAUUAUCAGGCUUGUUACAAGGUUGUUCCACUGUAUAGUCAUGAUAUAACAGUAUUGUUACAACCUUGUGUCGUCAACCUUGUAGCAUUCUUGUUUAUCAUGGCUGUAUCAGACUUGUUAAAACAACCUUGUGACAAGUCUGGUAAUGCCAUCAAGCUUGUUACAAGUUGUUGACGGCUUGUUCCAAACUUGUUACAACAACUGGGAACAAGCAGUGCGAAGACAACUUGUUGACAGCUUGUGAACAGAUUUGUAACAACUUGUUUGCAGACUUUUAACAACUUGUGCGUUUUUACGUUUUUCAAAAUGAUUUUCUUAUGUCUCUCGUAUUUGAAGUUGAUUUUCAGGAUGAAACCAUACCUUAUAUUACAUGGUAGUUCAGUAAAUGAAAGUUUGAUUUUAAUUGAUUUAAAAUUUAUGACUUUUGUUAUUUAUAGUUUGAAUGAAGGAAUGACAUUAUCGGAAUUCAAGAGAAUAUUCUACAUGGAGUACGCACACAGAAUGUGGGGCCGCUCAAUUGGCGCUGUGUUUUUCUUGCCCGCUGUUUUCUUUGCGUACAAAGGAUGGAUCACAAAAUCUUUAAAACCAAGGUUAUUUAUUUAUGGAGGACUGUUAGCUUUCCAGGUAAACUGCAAUUGGAAGAGAUGGCUCCCGUGGAUCCAUUCUGUAUAGACUUUUUUCAUAAAAGCAUACCUUGUUGCGCUAUAAAUCUUCCUCAUCAAUGCAAAGGCAAAGUCUUGCCAAUGUCAACAAAAAUAUACACGUAAAAACGUACACGUUGUAACAAACCAGCAGUAGACUUGCAGCAAUACUGUAUUAGUAUUGUAGUUGUUUGUAUAAUGGUACAUUAAUGGUACAUUACAGUUACAACUUUUAAAAGUUGCUUUUCACGUUGUUUGAAUUGUCUAGAAUCUUCCACGAGGGCACACAGUACCCCCAAAAUGGAGGAUUUUGGCCUUCGUGACAGAGGCUAAUUUACCCGAGUUCUAAUCACACAAUCGUUAAAGUUGUGCCUUGUUAUCACAAAUUGUCAGCGACAACCAUGUAGCAAUUAACUUAACGAGGAAAUAACACCAUUGUCACAACUUGUUGGAAGUUGUUACAAGUCUUUUGUAAACACAUUCUAAUAUUUAAUUAUAUAUCAAUUACAGUUCAUACAAUUGAUAUAUUUUUUAGGGUUUACUUGGAUGGUACAUGGUCAAAAGUGGGUUGGAUGAGGAAAAGAUUAGCAAAACUCAAAUACCACGUGUUAGUCAGUACAGACUGGCGGCUCAUCUUGGGUCAGCGUUCGCACUUUAUGCACUGAUGUUCUGGCAGGCGUUGACACAUCUCCUACCCCCACAAGAGGUCAUGCAUCUAAACUUUGAAUGUAUUUUUAAUAUUCAAAAGAGUAAUUACAGAAAAAUAACAAUUUUACGUUUUUUGGUGUCACUGCUGAGGAUCCCGGGCUUAGGAUCCAUCGAAAUGUGGUGUUGUGUACAAACCUAAACAUACUUAUUAUAUCAUCGCCAUGCAAACCGAAAGAACGUAAAGAUUUUAUGAUUUUAAGAAUUUGCUCAUUUUAAUACGCGCAUAAGUACAAAGCAGUGCAUAUUUUAAACGUUUUACAUUGGAGGGCCAAAUCCAAGAUUAGGGUCCAGUGUGGGCUCUCCAGAGUAAGAUGCUGGUCACUCAAGGUAAGGUUAUAGGGCCCAGUCUGAGACACUAACUAGUGGGGCCUGCGGGGCCAAAUGCUCCCAGUGUUAAAAUAUGCCUUGGUACAAAGAAUAUGCAGAAGAUCGUCUUGACAGUGGAAACAGUUCCCUCCGUGACAUUUUCUAGUUUACAAAUUACAAUGCCACCAAAACGGGAAAUUUAAACAGAUCUACUAUACAGACUCGUCUCAGCAAAUUUAUUUUAUACUAACUUUUUGAUUCCUUCAAUAGCUUGCCAACACCAAGAACAUUCGUCAUCUUCGCAUCUAUACUCAUGGAACACUUUCGCUUGUAUUCCUCACAGCUUUGUCAGGUAUAAGACUGAACGUGAUUUAUUUACCCAAAUUGUUGAAAAAAUAAUUAAUUUAUCAAGUAAUUAAUUGAUAAUUCUAUUUUUCAGGUGCAUUUGUGGCAGGUUUGGAUGCAGGACUGGUUUAUAAUUCCUUUCCUAAAUUUGCUGAUCGUUGGAUACCCGAUGAUUUGAUGGUGAUGAGUCCCAAGAUUAAAAACUUCUUUGAGAAUGCUACAACGGUCCAAUUUGACCAUCGUCUGAUGGUAUAAAGUUGUUCUUACUUAUGCGGAAGAGAAAAUUGUCCUAUGUAGUGAAUGUCAGUGGCGGACACUAUGGCGAGGCAAAAAAGUUUAAUUAAAGAACUAAGAUUCCCAGCUAAAAAUGUGGUCAUAUGCCCAUAUGUGUUGGCAACCUAUAGAUGUUGUUUUAUUUCGUUGUUUUGGGGAUGGGUGUUUGGGCAAUUACGGUUUGGGCAGUUGCUUACCUAGUUGCUAUAAAAUUUAGAAAACCGUGGCAUUUUUUAUUUGUUUAUUGUUAAUGCUGGCGCCUCUAAUCUUAUCUCUGAAUUAGGGUUGGGAUUAGGGUUUGGAAUUAAGAUUGCAAAGAUUAGGAAUUGUUUAAGGGUAAAAAUCGCUGUAUUUAAAUUGAGGAUAUUAAAUAUGGAAAUUGUGCCAUUUUAAGUAUCAUUUCAUUUAUUUUUUUACUGCAAAUAGCCUAUACGUUACAGUUUGUUUAACAAACUUUCGCGUCAUUUUCUUAGGGUAUGUUAACAUUGUCUGCAGUGGUUGGUUUGUGGGCAAUGGCGAGACCUGUAGAUCUACCUCGUCGUGCCCGUCUUGCUGUCAACGCUACACUCGCUAUGGCUGGAGCCCAGGUACGUUUGGUAUGAACUAUGACUGAUAUGAACAACCCUUUCCAACAAUGAAAAGUCUUUUUAAUCUUUUAAAAAGUCCUUAAGAUAAGUUUAUUUAAUCUUUCAGGUCAUAAUAUAGGCUGCAUGAUACAGCUGACUGUUUAUCUGAAAGUAUAUAAUUCAAUGAAUAUUUAGGUAUUUGUUUACUAUGACUAGAAAAACAUUGUUUGUUUCUUCAGGUUUUGCUUGGAAUUUCAACCCUGCUAUAUUAUGUUCCAGUCCACUUGGCCGCGCUGCAUCAAUCGGGUUCUUUGGCGCUACUCACAUUCACUCUGUGGUUUGGACACGAAAUUAAAAGAAACAGACUCAUGCCUAAAGUUUGAAUACUGCCAUUUAUGAUAUUGGAUGACGUGAUAGCGGAAUAAUGCCCAAACUAGCAGACUAAACAGACUAUUGCCCAAAGUUUGUGCUAGAAACUAUAUUUAAACUAUGCAGUGGUUAGGAAUGAAGAAGACUAUUUAUGUAGUUUUAGAACAACACAUAACUGUCAUUGACAAUGUAUUGACCAUGAUCACGGGGACAGCAUGCCAAUAAAUUAUUAUUUUGCAAAACAGCCUUUACCAAAAAAGACUUUACCGAAGUACUGUAUAAGUGGAAUUCGCUAAGCGAGGCACUUGGUACCUGCUCGCAGCCCCCAUCCAAAAAUUUGAAACGGAAAUUUUCCUUUGACGAACGAAAUUGGCUGCGAUCAGGAUAAGCACUUGGUGGUUAACUCUAAAAAGAAAAGAAAGCUAUUGCCAAGUGAUCAAAUGAUUCACUUUAUAUAUGUUGACCUUGCGUUUGGUAUAUAUACACUCUAAAAAUAACCCUAUUUGGGUAAUACUUCUCUGGUUAAUUUUCCUGGUUAUUUUAACCUACAAUCUAGUUAAUUUGACCAGUAUUACCUGGUUAAACUAACCAGACUAUGUUAGGUGGAUAAAUAAGUAGGGGCUCCUGGCUGAAACUUGGGGAGAAGUUUAGUAUCCAUAUAAUCCUGGCCAAAAAUAUUGCUACAGUAAAUCGUUACAGUCAACAUGAGUGUUGAUUUGUGCUCCUUUGGGAUUGCAGCCAUUAGCAACUAAAUCCACCCCCCAAUCCGUACAAUGGUAUGCUGAAUAUGAUGGCAUUGCAAGUUGUGACUAGUAAACAUUGUGUGGGUAAAAGGGGUGGGGGAAUCUGAAUGUACGAUUCUGUAUACAAUGUGCAUAUAGGUGUCUGCAAAUAAAAAAAUUGGAGCUGUAAUUUAAGGCCACUCAAAAGGAAUUUGUCCAUUUUUGCUAAGUUUGCCAAGGAUUUCUUGACGAGGACUAUAGUUUUACACUGAAACAUCAUACAUAGCCUACGGCUAAUUAACGAAUCAGAAUGUCGUUUUAUUUGUACAACACGUACAAAAACAAAUGUAUAUUAAGAAAUAAAAGCAUUUUAAAGCGU